CGUUGGGCGGAGUCAGCAACAUGCAUAUAUGAUUCUUGUCUUUUGGGAUGUGCCAGGGAAGAGCAACAACAGAUUUGAGCGUUGUCUGUCUGCCAACUAACUGCUCAACUGUUUCUAGAGUUUAUGAAAAGACGAUUUGACAAGAAUGGAGACCACAGAAGAGAAGAACCAUCUAUUUCCAUUAUCCCUGCUGUCAGUCAAGAUUCUGAAAGCCAGUAUCAUCAGUUCUUAUACGCCAUUUUCCACAUCUCAUUGCUACGUGACUUUGCACCUGCCGACAGCAUCACAGGAGAUAUUCAAAACCCAGGCUGUCCGGAAUUCUUACAACCCCGUCUGGAAUGAAACAUUUUAUUUCAGGAUCCAAACCAAAAUCAAGAAUAUCAUCCAGCUGGAAGUUUGCGAUGCUGAUUCAGUUACCAACCAUGAUAUUCAAUUGAUUGUUCUUUUUGAUUUGUCAAAACUCCAGCCUGGAAAUCCAGUCCUUGAGAAAUUCUCCUUAAAACCAAAGAAACAAGAACAACCUUAUCGUUAUGAAUUUCUAGAAGUGGAAUUCAAGCUGUCAGAUGUGCAACUUCCUCCUGAGCAACUGAUUUCUAAUGGUGUCCUAGUGGCCCGUGAACUUUUCGCUCUGGAUGUAAAAGUGAGCAAGGAAGAUAAUGAGAAGAUUUUGAAAGCCAAUAAAAAUGUGGUCUUUUCAGUCGAUCAAUCUUAUGAAGGUACACAGAAGACAAGCAAAAAUUUAGAUUCCUUCCGCUUUCAUUGCAUAAAAAGCUUUGGACCAGUACUAAAAGUUAAAGUUCAGAACAUUUUACCCAACAAGGACAGUGAAUUUGAUUAUUCUUUAAUUCUCCCUUUGAAACUGCUUCCAGUUGGCCAUGAAGUCAAAGUUGAAUUACCAAUGGGGAAGGGUAGUACCUUGGAACUGUAUCUCCGGGUAAUUGACUGUUCCAAGAAUCUUGACGUGCGUUUGGGUUAUGAGCUUUGUCCUGAUGAGCAGGAUUUUCUGCGCAAGAGGAAAAAGGUUGUUGCAGAUGCCCUGAAUAAGCUUUUUAAUCUAGGAGAGGAGUUACAAGAGGAUGAGGUCCCAGUGAUUGCUCUUUUGGCAACUGGAGGUGGUAUCAGAGCUAUGACAUCCUUGUAUGCUCAUCUCUCAGCCUUCCAGAAAUUGAACCUUUUGGAUUGCAUUACAUAUAUCACCACUGCUUCUGGAUCAACAUGGACGCUGACAAAUUUGUAUCGUCAUAUUGACUGGUCACACCAAAGUUUAGACGAUCACAUCAAUACUAUAAAAAGACAGUUGCUGAAGAACAAAAAUAAUGUUAUUUCUAACAUAAGAUUGAAGCAGUAUCACAAGGAGCUAACUGAGCGGAUCGAAUCUGGUCAUCUUUCAUCUUUUACAGCACUCUGGGCCCUUAUUCAGGAAGCUUUUCUUCACGAUGGAGUAAAUCCCAGUAAACUCUCAGAACAGCAACAGGCUUUGAAUCAGGGGCAGAACCCUUUCCCUAUUUACACAACCAUAAAUGUCAAAGAUGGAAAUAUCAACACUUUUGACUUUAGAGAAUGGGUGGAGUUCAAUCCUUACGAAGUGGGUUUCCUAAAAUAUGGUGCACAGAUUCGCUCAGAGGAUUUUGAUAGCGAAUUCUUCAUGGGAAAAGUAGUGAAGAAGAUCCCAGAGUCCCGGAUUUGCUAUAUGGAAGGUAUCUGGACUAACAUUUUCAGUCCAAAUCUCCUGGAUUGUUUGUACUGGACCACAACCCCAGAAGAAUUCUGGAAACGAUGGGUGACAGACAUGUCAAUAAAGCAUGAGAAUUAUUCUUCAGGUGUUUAUCCUGCCACGGUCUACAAGCCUCCAAGUUAUCACUAUGGAAAACUUUGUGAAAUCUUCAAUGACAUUUUAACUGAUCGUCCUUUAAAGGGGGAAAAUCAUAACUUCCUACAAAGCUUUGAUUUUGAUAAAGAUUACUUGGAUCAGAAAGAAUUCAUGAAAUGGAGUGAUACUGUAUUUGAUACUUCUUCUAACAAGUUGACACCAAGCACAAAAUCCCUCUGUUUAAUAGAUGUAGGAUAUUUUAUGAACAACAGUGGUAUAUCACUUCUCAAGCCAGAAAGGAAUGUGGAUAUACUUAUUUUUCUGGAUUAUGAGAUGAAUGGAAUAUUAAGGCAACUGAAGAUGAUGUCUGACUACUGUGAAGUCCAAGGUAUUCCCUUUCCAAAGGUUCAAGUGAAUGAGAAAGAGAGAAAGGAUAUGAAGGAGUGCUACGUUUUCUUAGAUGAAGAUAAUCCCAAGGCACCAAUAGUGCUUUGUUUCCCACUGAUCUGUCGCACCUUCAAAGAAUUCUCAGCGCCAGGAGUCAAACGCAGUCCUUCAGAAAUGAAGGAAGGUAAAGUCAAUCUGGAAAAAGGUGCCUCACCCUAUCAAACCCUCGAAAUAACCUACACUGAAGAAAAUCUUGACAAACUGAUUAAUUUAUGCAGUUACAAUAUUCUUUAUAGCAAAGACUUCAUCUUCCAAGCCAUUCAAAGUGCCAUACAGAAAAAGCAACACAGUGGGUCCAGAAAUGAUAAACAAUGAUCAUUUGUCUCUUUAAAGAGAAGAAAUCCAAUAUGUCACGUGGUGCAUUGUUUGAGGUAAUGCUAAUUGGUUGUCAUUAUGCUGCAGUUUGUUGGAUGUUUGGAUAAUUAUCACUCCUGAUUGAUUUAAAGCUAAAUAUACUGCUGUAGGCUUUCACGGUUGGUAUUUGUUGGGCAGUGUUGGGCUUCGGGGUUUGUGAUUGUGGUCUAUAGAACAGGUGUUCUGAUGUUAAACAGCAGCUCUGCUUUCAGAGGCAAAGUGGGCAGCUAAGCAGAAGCACAGGCCACUGAGCAGGGACUGACAAAGAUCCUAUCUUUAUAAUCAGGCAUCCUGAUUCGCAGGUUCCAAUUGGUGCAGGUUGAUGAGAGCUAAGAGAGACUAAAAUAUGACUUUGCCUCUGAAGAUGCCAGACACAGCAGUUGGCAAAACAUUAGGAAAUCUGUUCUCUAGACCAGGCAUCUCCAACCCUGGCCACUUUAAGAUUUGUGGACUUCCAGAAUUCAGAGCUGGCUGAGGAAAGCUG